UUAAUCUCCAGUUAGAAACCAGUUACAUGCCAGUUAAACUCUUGCUACACUCCAGUUAAUGUCCAGUUAGAAACCAGUUACAUUCCAGUUAAACUUGACUUAGACUCCAGUUAGAGACAAGUUAGAGUCCAGUGUGAGUGUGCAGACAUGAAGUUGCUGUUGCUGUUGUUGCUGAUGGAGCGAGUUGCAGCUCAGCAGAGAGGUCUGUUCCCGGCCAUCUUUAAUUUGGCCAGUAACGCAAAGAUCAGCAGUAACGCAACAUGUGGAGAUCCAGAACCUGAAGUUUACUGUAAACUAGUGGAACAUGUUCCAGGACAGCCAAUUAAGAACCCUCACUGCGCCAGAUGUGACGCCAACUCUGUCCUGUCCAAAGAACGCCAUCCGAUCACCAACGCCAUCGACGGGACGAAUCGGUGGUGGCAGAGUCCGAGUAUCAAGAACGGACGAGAGUUCCACUGGACUACUAUAACUCUGGAUCUCAAACAGAUCUUUCAGGUUGCUUACAUCAUCAUCAAGGCAGCAAACUCUCCUCGACCAGGUAACUGGAUCCUGGAGCGCUCUCUGGACGGUGUGACCUUUGAACCCUGGCAGUUUUAUGCCAUCAGUGACUCAGAGUGUUUAACUCGUUACAACAUGGCGCCAAGACUCGGACCGCCGACCUACAAGAGUGACACUGAGGUCAUCUGUACGUCCUUCUACUCCAGACUGGACCCACUGGAACAUGGAGAGAUCCACACUUCUCUGAUUAACGGACGACCCGGAGCCGAUGAUUUGACCUCUGACCUCCUGAACUUUACAUCAGCUCGUUACAUCAGACUGAGGCUUCAGCGAAUCAGAACACUCAAUGCUGAUCUGAUGACGCUAAGCGCCCACGACCCCCGAGACAUUGACCCCAUUGUCAGCCGGAGGUAUUAUUACUCAAUCAAAGACGUCUCUGUCGGUGGCAUGUGUAUCUGUUAUGGCCACGCCCAGAGCUGCCCACUGGACCCUGUCACCAAGAAGUUGCAGUGUGUAUGCGAACACAACACCUGUGGAGAGAACUGUGAUCAGUGUUGCCCUGGUUACCACCAGCAGCCAUGGCAACCAGGAACCAUCUCCGAGGGAAACACUUGUGAAAAGUGUAACUGUCACAACAAAGCCGAUGACUGUUUCUACAAUCAGACCGUCUCUGAACUCUCUCUGAGUUUAAACAUUCACGGUGUUCAUGAGGGAGGCGGAGUCUGUAUCGACUGUCAACAAAACACCGCUGGGAUCAACUGUGAGACCUGUGCCGCUGGAUACUACAGACCUGCCGAGGUGUCUCCAGAUGCAGACUCUCCCUGUGUCCAUUGUAACUGUGACCUGAGAGGAUCACAGUCUUCAGUUUGCACUUCAGACGACACACAGACAGGUGUGUCUGCAGGUCAGUGUGUGUGUAAGGAGGGUUUUACAGGUCGACAGUGUGAUCGCUGUGCGUUUGGAUUCAGAGAUUUUCCUCUCUGUGUUCGAUGUGAGUGCAACCUGUCUGGCAGCACCAAUACCGACCCCUGCAGCCCCUGCACCUGCAAGGAAAACGUGAUGGGCGCUCACUGCGAUCUGUGUAAACCAGGUUUCUACAACCUUCAGGAGAGAAAUCUGCUCGGUUGCACUGACUGUUUCUGUUUCGGUGUGUCUGAUGUCUGUGAGAGCUCCGCCUGGGCCACAGCUCAGGUGCUUCAUACAGAUGCUUGGCUCCGCCCUUCUCAGUCCCCCAACACACCACCUGUUCUGCACGGCAACGACGUCCCCAUUCCCAACAACUCUUCUGGCCACACCCACCAACACGUGCUGUCUUGGUCAGCGCCCAACAGUUUCCUCGGAAACAAGCUGGUGUCCUACGGAGGUUUCCUGAACUACUCAGUGAUUUAUGACAUCCCACUGGACAAUGAAGACCAUUCUCUCCCCGCCCACUCUGACAUCAUCAUUGAGGGAAACGGUAGACUUCUUCGUCUCUCACCUCCUCUCCUCCUCUUCCUCUCUGAGCUGUCUGUGCGCUCAGUUGCUGUGGUAAUGACCCCGCAGCAAUUUGUAGACAUUCAGACAGGUUUUCACAUUACCCGCGACGACCUGCUGUCAGUCCUGGCUGAUGUGACAUCACUGACGGUCAGAGUUCACCUUAACGCCUCUGCUGAUGGGCCGAUACGCCUCAGCACAGUGUCUCUGGAUGUUACAGACUCUGGGUCAGUUUCUGGAAUUCAGGCAGUUUCUGUGGAGACAUGUGAAUGUCCGUGGGGUUACAGCGGCACUUCCUGUGAGGCAUGUCUCCCAGGUUUCUACAGGAUGGGCGGAGUCUUGUUUGGAGGAAACUGUCUGCAGUGUGAAUGUAAUGACCACGCCUCCGAGUGUGACAUCGAUGGAGUUUGUCUGGGUUGUACCCACAACACCACUGGUCCUCACUGUGAUCAGUGUCUUCCUGGUUUCUAUGGUGACGCCACAGAGGGGACAGCAGACGACUGCCGGUUGUGUCCAUGUCCUCUGACUGAGCCGUCCAACAGUUUCAGUCCCACCUGUGCUCUUGACGCAUCUGGUCAGGUGUCAUGUGACCAGUGUGAGGAUGGAUACACAGGAACCAACUGUGAGAGGUGCGCCAGUGGUUUCUAUGGUAACCCACAGGUAGUGGGCAGGGCCUGUGUCCGUUGUGACUGUAACGGUAACGUGGACAUCAGACAGGCGGGGUACUGUGACACCGUCACUGGGGAGUGUCUGCAUUGCCUCGGCAACACUGCUGGGAGACACUGUGAGGUCUGUCGGCCUGGUUACUAUGGUGACGCUGUGCAUGCAAAGGACUGUCAAGAGUGUGGCUGUGAUGUCAGCGGCUCCCUCUCCAGCGUAUGUGAUGUCACAACAGCUCAAUGUUCGUGCAGAGAAAAUGUGACAGGACGCACCUGUGACCGCUGCCAGCCUGGCUUCUUCGGGCUGCAGAGUGGACGGGGCUGUCAGCCCUGUGACUGUAGCCAAUCAACAUCCCUCUCUGAGUCAUGUGAUGAGGAGGGGCGGUGCCAGUGUGUGGAGGGCGUGGCUGGAGACAAGUGUGACCGCUGUAGCCAUGGUUACUAUGGUUUCCAUGCCAACGGCUGCAAAGCAUGCACCUGUGAUGACACAGGAGGAAACUGUGACCCUGACAGCGGCAAGUGCAUCUGCCCCGCCCACACAGAGCGAGACUCCUGCGACAGGUGUGAGAAGGGUUACUGGGGUCACGACCCCGCCACAGGCUGCAAGCCGUGCAGCUGCAGUGCAACAGGAAGUUCAGCCCCUCAGUGUGACCUGACCAAUGGACACUGUCGAUGCAAAGAGGGGUUCUCUGGCAGGUCAUGUGACCAGUGUGCCCCUGGUUACCAUGGCUACCCAGCAUGCUUGGCAUGUGGCUGUGACAUGGCGGGAACAGACGAGAUGUUCUGCAACGCAUCACUCGGAGUGUGUGACUGCAGACUUGGCGGCGAAUGUGUGUGCAAGGUGGGAGUUUCCGGUCAGCGGUGUGAGGAGUGUGUCUCUGGUCGGUUCGCUCUGUCCGCUGAGAAUCCAGAAGGCUGCUCGCCAUGUUUCUGUUCAGGACUCAGUACAGACUGUGAGGAGAAGGGCGGGCUCUACAGAGUACCUAUCACCCUGGGCCGCUCUCCUCGUCUGCUCUCAGUGGUCAGUCAGUCCAACCUGCAGGGUGUCGUAUCAGGAGUGUACCAGCAGGGCGGAGACAUGCUGCUCGACACCCGACAGCUCAACACCAGCAGGUUGGCUGGCCCGCUCUACUGGAGACUGCCCCCCCAGUUCGAAGGGCCACAGCUGAUGUCAUACGGCGGUCUGCUAUCUUACAUCAUCACCUUUUACGCUGAGGAUGGCUCAGGAUUGUCCAAUCAGGAGCCUCAGGUCCUAAUAAGGGGCGGGAACAUGAGGAAGCUGGUGAUAUAUACUGACAUGAUCGUCCCUAGCAACAGCCUCAGGACACGUCAUGACAUCAGGAUGACAGAGCACAAGUGGAAGUAUUUUAACUCAGUUUCGGAGAAGUCGGUGAGUCACGCUGACUUCCUGUCCGUCCUCAGUGAUGUCGAGUACGUCAUCAUCAAGGCUUCGUACGGGACACAAUUGCAGCAGAGCAGGAUCUCUAACAUCACCAUGGAGACAGCAGUGGAGGCGGGGUCAGAUGAAGAAGGCGUGGCCAGACUGAUCGAGUCCUGCAUCUGUCCACCUGGUUACACAGGACUGUCCUGUCAGGACUGUGCUGCAGGUUAUUUCCGUCAGCCUCUGUCUGAGUUGUCGUCUCAGAGUCAGAAGUCUCUGUUUGUUCGACCUUGUGUUCGAUGUCGCUGCAACAACCACAGUGAGAGCUGUGACAUGGAGACUGGAGCCUGUCAGGGCUGCCAACAUCACACCAGUGGGCGGAGCUGUGAGCUGUGUGCUCCGGGGUAUUAUGGGAACGUCAGCGGCUCCAUCAGCGACUGCUCGCUGUGUGCCUGCCCCCUUCAGGACAACAGUUUCAGUCCCACGUGUGAGUCAGAUGGAGCCCUCGGUGAUCUCCGGUGCACCGCCUGUCAAACAGGAUACGAGGGGAGAUACUGUGAGAGGUGUUCUGUUGGUUACUAUGGUAACCCCUCAUCAGUGGGCGGGGUGUGUUCGCAGUGUAACUGCAGUGGGUGGGGCUCACUGCAGCCGCUAUGUGACCCACUGAUUGGACAGUGUGAGUGCAAGGCUGGGGUCACAGGUCUGUCAUGUGACCAGUGUGACGAGAGGCACGUCCUUCAGGCAGCGGAGUGUGUGUCGUGUGAUGACAAGUGUUCCGGUGUUCUGUUGGACGACCUGGAAAAACUACACAACCACUUCCUGUCUGUCAACCUGAGUGCUGUCACCAUGGCGCCAUACCGCCAGCUGGUGUUACUGGAGAACCAGACCAGAGUCAUCCAGGUGGCGUUUUCAGAAAACAGCUCGGUCGCUCUUCAUCUGUCCAGAGUGGAAGAUGAGCUCAGACAUCUGACCUCUGACCUCAGCACCCUGCUGCAGCAGGUCCCACGUCUGUCUGAUGACCUGCAGAAAGUGGGCGUGUCCACCAACAACAGCCUUUCCCAGUGUGCAGUGCUGCUGCAGAGCGUUGGGCAGCUGCAGGAAAACAUUAAGGAGCUUCAGAGGGAGGCAGAGCUGCUGAACCACACCACAGUGGAGGAGUUUGAUUCAGCCAAUCAGACGCAUCAGCUGGAGGAGGUGGCGUCCAUGUUGGAAACCAUCAGAGCUGUCGACCUCUCAGCCGCCAGUGCUGCAGCCAAUCAGGAGCUCAGCCUCUCAGAGUCUCUCGUCCACUCGCUGCAGCUGGACCUCCUGUCCAGCAGGAUGGAGGUUGACAACAGGCUCCGACUCCUCUCAGCCCCCCUCACUGUUGGCAUGGAAACACUGCAAUAUGCACGCACACAGCUGACCAAAACCGCGCAACAAAACACACAAACACACACUCUGCUGGACGACGCACACACAUUGCUGCUCGACUACCAGUCUGUCCACAGGAACCUGAGUGUGGACCGUCUGUCUGUGGACGCAGUGAUGGAGGAUAGUCAGCUGCUGCUGGACGAUACCAUCAGUCUGACAGAGGAGUUAACCAACACCACCUCACAGGUGGAGGUGUUCCACGGUCACCUGGAUCAGUGGCAACCCCUGCUGAGGAAACAGGUGGACAGUCUGGUCAUUGGACUGGAGGUUACUGAUGCUUUGGAGAAUGUUUACCGUGCCGAAAGCCACGCCCUCCGGUUUCAGAGUCACGCCCACUCCAUGCACAGCUCUCUGUCAUCAGUUUGUAACGUAACAAAUGCCAGCCGAUUAGUUCAGCUUGACAGUGACAUCACACACCAGGUUGACUCCGCCCAGCAGGUUGCUGUGACCGCCCACAUCUCCGCCUCUGUCGCUCUCAAUGUGACCGUCCUAUCAGAGCAGCUGAUGUCAGAGGAGGGUGGAGCCAAACUGAAAGUCAGCACCGCUCUUUUAGAAGAAAGUCGACAGAUCAACGAGACAUUCGAAGACCUGCGGCUGAAUGUCUCCACAGUAACCAGCAGACUGCGACUGGUCAGAGAUGGCAUCCAUAACUCCACCCUCUUCCUCCGUCAGCCAACCAAAGAGCUACAGAGCUUCUCUAACAUUUCAUUCGUGGUGCUGCAGCAGACUCACCUUCAGGCUGCGGCAGCACACUCCGACCUGCAGGAGGCGCUGCGGCAGCUGCACAGACUCAGGCUGCAGCUGCAGGAUUCUUCCUCUGUGGUGGAAAACACCAACAACACAGUGACUGAGACAAACCGGCUGGUGACUUACACGCACACCGAAGCCAAUGAGGUGCAGCAAAAGCUGGAGGAGGCAGAGCAUCGUACAGAGCGUCUGAUGGGUCGGAUCAAACCACUGAGCACGCUGGGAGAAACACUGAGAAGGAAUCUGUCAGACAUCAGAGAGCUGAUCAAUCAGGCCAGAAGACAGGCUGCCUCGAUCAAGGUGGCGGUGCAGGCGGACAGAGACUGCGUUCGAUCCUACAGACCACAGACUGAGUCCAGUAACUUCAACACUUUGAGUGUGAUCCUGAAAACGUCUCGUGCUGAGAACCUGCUGUUCUACCUGGGCAGCAACACCACGGUGGACUUCCUGGCGGUAGAGAUGCAUGACGGGAAGGUGUCUCUGGUGUGGGAUGUGGGUUCAGGCAGCAGCAGGCUGGAGUUUCCUGGACUGGACAUCACCAACAACAGGUGGACCAGGAUCAACGCCACACGGUUCGGGGCACAUGUCUCUCUGUCAGUCCAUCAGCUGGAGUCAGAGUCGGCUACAUUGCCCGUGAUAACAGCGACAUCACCGGGACCUUCCAGAGUUUUAGAUGUGGACAAAAACACAGUGAUCCACAUUGGAGGACUGGGAUCUCACACUCAGCGUCCAGCCAUGCUGCGGUCCUCCACCUUCCAGGGCUGUCUGGGUGAAGCAUCUCUCAAUGAGAGAAACAUCGGACUCUGGAACUACAACAGCAGAGAGGGAGAGUGUGGAGGCUGCUUCAGCAGUCCACAGGCGGAGGAGACGUCGUUCCACUUUGAUGGAUCUGGAUUCUCAUUGGUUCAGAAGUCUCUGCGAGCAACCUCCACCUCCAUCGUCCUGCUGUUUAAAACCCUGUCGCCAGGCGGAUUACUGCUGUACCUGGCCUCCAACAACACUAGAGACUUCCUGUCCAUGGAGCUGGUGGAGGGGCUUGUCCGUCUAACCUUUGACCUUGGCUCAGGUUCUCUGAUUCUGACCUCUAACAGGAAGUACAACACCGGAGUCUGGUACAAGAUCACUAUACAGAGGAACAAACGCAAAGGUUACCUGUCCAUCAUGGCAGCCGACCAAUCAUCAGACAAGGAGGUGUUGGAGGCGGAGUCACCUGGAACUGCCUCUGACUUGAACCGCUCCGACCUGGACCCCAUCUACAUCGGGGGACUUCCUGCCUCCAGACCAAUAAGGCGACAGGUAGUCUCCAGAUCGUAUGUGGGCUGCAUAAAGAACGUGGAGAUCGCUCGGUCGAACUUUGACCUACUGAGAGACGCAUACGGAGUCAGGAAGGGCUGCGUCUUGAAGGCGGUACGCAGCGUGUCGGUGUUGGCCGAAGGCUUCGUUCAGAUCGCUCCUCCAUCAUUCCGUCAGGAAGCGGAGCUCCUCUUCUCCUUCUCUACCAACAACCAAUCAGGAGUCCUGCUGGCUGCCUUUAGUGACGACCAUACACAGAGACAGCACUUCCUGUCUGUCCACCUGGUCUCAGGCGCAUUAGAGGCGGAGCUUGGUGAGGUAGGCGGGGCUACUCGGAGGGUGAUGGUGAUGAAACCUAAUGGAGGAUCCUUCAGUGAUGGGACAAAACACUCUGUGAUUAUCACCAUCAGCAGGAAGUCUCUGUCCAUGCAGGUGGACGAGGGACACAUCAAGUCUGUCUCUCUGUUGCCAGGCGGAUUUUCUCGUUUGUCACCGGCCUCUUUCUUCAUUGGUGGGCUGCCAUCAGGGGAGGUGUCUCGUCUGCCAAUCAGAUUACAGAAUGUGUCCAGGUGGUUCAGAGGCUGCAUCCAACACCUGGUGGUGGGCGGAGUGCUGGUCGACCUAUCAGGAGCUUUGAGGUAUGAGGGGGCGGAGCUUGACAGCUGCCUAUUGGAAGAAAAGGUCGCGGGGGCAGUACUACCUGAUGACCAGGAUGUAGAACCAACUCCUGACCCCGUCCACCCGCCUGUGGCCCCACCCACACACCUGAGCGCCCUGACACCUGGAACAUUAACAUGUGUGUCGGAGGCGGAGCCGACCUUCCUGCCGUCAGCAGUUCAGUUUGGUUUGUCCAAACACAGUCACAUGACCUUCAUCAUUAAUCCCAACACUGUCAAAAGGAGUGUGUCGCUGAGGUUGUCAGUUCGGAGCAGAGCUGCAGACGGGCUGAUCCUCCUCCUCUCUGACUCCAAACAGAUGGACUUCAUCGUCCUCAGACUGACAGGGGGGAGACUGAUGAUGUCAGCUGACCUGGGGAAAGGCCCUGCCUCCGUCACCUCAUCCAUGGUUGUUAAUGACGGAGAGUGGCACACUGUGAGCGCCGAGGUCAGCCGGCGGUCUGUGUCGGUGUCUGUUGACGGGUCGCAUCCAGACGCUGUGUCUGUUAAAGGAAACCAGCUGGACGUGGAGAGCAGACUCUACCUGGGAGGACUGCCGCACACGCUGCCCACCAGGAGGAUUAACGUGAGCAGCAGUUUUCCAGGUUGUAUUCGCUCUGUCAUUCUGAACGGAGCCACAUUGGAUCUGUCCAAGCCCACCUCGCAGCACCAUGUCGCUUCCUGUUUCACCAAAGACCAGACAGGAAGUUACUAUAACGGCAGUGGAUACGCCGCCCUCAUGCGUGAUGGGUACAAGGUGGGCUCAGACGUGUCUGUGUCUCUGGAGUUUCGAACAAGCCAAUCAGAGGGAGUAUUUUUGGGAAUCAGUAGUGCAAAGGUGGAUGCCAUCGGACUGGAGAUGAUUGAUGGACAGGUGGUGUUUAACGUGAAUAACGGGGCGGGGCGAGUGUCGGUUCGUUCUGUUGGUCACAUGUUGUGUGACGGACGGUGGCACCACCUGCUGGCCAGAAAAACCAAAAACACCCUGAGUCUGAGUGUCGACGGGCGGAGUUACACUACCCCCAACCCUUACCCACAAUCCACCUCUGCUGAGACCAACAACCCAGUUUACCUGGGUGGGUUUCCAGCUGGAGUCAAACAGAACUGCUUGUCCAUCAGCACCAGGUUCAGAGGUUGUCUGAGGAACCUGCAGCUUAUUAAGUCUCACCUGAGUGAUGCUCUGGACCUGAGCUCCGCCCACUUCCUGUUGGGUGUCACUCCUAACUCGUGUCCUGUAUGGGAGCAGCGCCCAGCCGAGCUCUGA